UAUUAAUAGUUUUUUCAAUAUCCUCUGCUUGUUGUUCAUAGGAAGUGCACAAGGCCAUAUGAUUUCUGCCAAUUUUGGACUUUGAGAAAGCAACAAAAAUGUCAGCAAGAAUGUUAUCUUCUAUAACAGAGGAGAACAAAGAUCUGCACAAGAAAAUUGGAUGCAUGAAUGGGUUAUUCCAAUUGUUUGAUAGACACCAUUUCCUCAUUGGCAAACAUCUCCAUGGUCAAAAUCACAAAAGGCUACUCACAGGUGCCACGGACAAGAUGGAGACCAAAUGUACAAUGCAAUUGGCUACGGAAAAGACUCCAAGGGAUGUAGCCAAGAACAAAGUAUCGCACUCAAGUGAGUCAUCCAAGGCUAACCCAAAAGUUGAACAAAGUAAAAGACCACAACAAGAGCAACCUCUUUGCGGUCAAAGAAACUUAUCAGAAUCUCCUUCGAAAACCCUGCCAUACAAGCAACCAAGUUCUCCAUCUCAUUCUGGACGGCAAUCUCCUGACUUCCGGGAUGUUGUCAAGGACUCAAUGCACAGGGAAGCCCGUAGUUUAUCUGUAAAAACUGUCACCAAAGUAGAAGGUAAAGUCCAUGUUAUGAAGCACAUUGAUUCUCCAAGGCCAUUUCAGCAGUCAAACUGUGGGAAGCCAUCGGAUGGAACUAGGAACUUAACUGCUAAGUUUCGUGAAGCACCUCGCAAUUCAAAAGAUGAUCUAAAGCAUGCACCAAGAGAUCAUCCACGUUUCUCAUACGAUGAAAGAGACUCGAGAGAAGAGAUGCGUUCUUCAAUAAGGCUAAAGGACCUUCCCAGACUUUCACUGGACAGUAGAGAACAGUCCUUCAGGAGCUCAGCCUCUGAAUCCAGAUCAAAUUUUCUUUUAGGGGAUCACAAAAGAUCUUCCAGUGUUGUAGCAAAGCUUAUGGGGUUGGAAGCUCUACCAAAUCCCAUUCCCUCAAAUGAAGUCGAGACAGUGAUACCUAAGUCUUUCUCUACCAAAGAUUCUGUUUCAGUAUCGACAAAAACAGCUGAAAAGAGCAAGAAUAAUCAAGUCACGCGGUUCUCACAGAUUAAUGAAAAGGAUUUCGGCUCCCCACGAAUGAAAUCUACCAAUUUAAUCAUGAGAGCAGCAUCAACUUCACGGCUUCCACUAGAACCUGCUCCCUGGAGGCAACCGGAGGCCAGCAGAACCUCCCUCAAGUCAUCUGCAAGAAACACAGAUGUGGAACUGUCAAUUCAGAGUCCAAAGCUAUCUUUCUCGGUGUAUGGUGAAAUGGAGAAAAGGAUAACUGAACUUGAGUUCAGAAAGUCUGGAAAGGAUCUCAGAGCUCUGAAGCAGAUUCUUGAAGCAAUGCAGAAGACAAGAGCAAGGUUAGAUGUCCAAACAGAAGAGCAGGCAGACUCUGAUGCGAACUUGGAAAUAGUGCAGAAAAGGCAGCAAUGCAACCUGCUCUCUCCAACCAUAAAGGGAACUCGUCCACCAAAAAGGUCAGAAUCUUUAAAUAUAACUAUGAAACAAUCCAAACUAAGUGAUAACAUUUGUAUUGCAUGUUCCCCUUUCUUAACUGCAAAUGUCACCAAAUUUCAAGAACUCUUCACUAAAGACCUUGUAUAUAACAGAGAGGAUACAGCUGACAAGAAAACUUGGAAAGAUGUGACACCUAGAGCAAAAAAUAUCAGAGAGUCUGGUUGGCUUCUUCCUUCACCAGACAGGAAGAUCAAAGAAGGAACAUCAAGGGCAGUGCAAAACCCAACAUUACGCCAACAAAAGGAAGGAAGCUAUCCUGCAUUAGGAAGGAAUUCUGGAACUGUAAGUCCAAGACCACUACAGAAGAAGAAGCAAUCUUGUCCAACCACUACAUCACCAGAAUUCAGCAGGGUCAGACGUCAAUCAAUUAAGCAAUCCAAAGAAUCAGGCUCUUCAAAAAGGAGACUGCAAGCAAAACCCAACAAUCUGCUCCGAGUUGAUGAGGAAUUGAGUGAGAUCAGCAGCAGCACAAGAAAUUUCAGUGAGCAAAGUGAUGCAGCUUCUUUACAAUCAGAAAGCAACAACAGUUGGAGCUCACAUGCAGAGGGAGAAGUCACAAGCAGAAAUCACUCCUUUAGGGUUAAUGCUAAAAGACUAGAGGAUUCUAAAGACAAAAGUAACAUAUUGAGGCUCAAUGAAGACAGGCCAAUGGCUGAACUUGCAAUCUCUACAAUUGAACAGCCAAGUCCUGUCUCAGUGCUUGAUGCCACAUUCUAUGAAGAAGAUUCACCAUCUCCUGUGAAGAAGAAAACAACUGCAUUUAGAGUUGAGGAUGCCGCAGAUGAGUUAUGGUACCUAGAUUACCAGGAUCACUCACCUUACAACACGAGGAUGGAUCUUGGCACUGAGGCGACCACCCAGAAGAAAUUAGAGCGCAUUAAGGACCUGGUUAACCAACUCAGACUACUGGACUCCAGCUACGAAAUGAGUACUGACCAGUUUGGAUCCUUGAGCCAGAAUCAUAAUCCUGACCACAGAUACAUCACCAAAAUACUACUGGCAUCUGGCCUUCACAAGGACGUGGACUCCGUCUCCAUGGCCAUUCAGCUUCAGUCAUCCGGCCAUUUGAUCGAUCAGAAGUUGUUCCAUAUCCUGGAACAGACUGAGGAGCGCGUUAUGCCAGCAACUGGACACAGUAAAACGAGUGCUCGGAUUGAGUUUAAUCAGAAAAUGCACAGAAAGAACGUCUUUGACACAGUCGAUGAGAUACUUUCCUGCAAACUAGCUUCAGAAAUCUGUUUAUUGCAGGGACGAGAUCAUUUAAGUGCACAGCAACUCCAGAAGGAACUGCAGUCAGACAUAGACCAACUCAAUGCUAAAAAGGUUGGCAUGGACUCUGAAGAAGAUGACUUGAUAAGUAUCCUAAAUGCAGAUUUGAGGCAUCAGUCCGAAGAUUGGACAAACGGUGACGGUGAAAUUCCAUCAAUGAUUUUGGAUGUGGAGCGCUUAAUAUAUAAAGACCUUAUUACAGAAAUAAUAAGUGAUGAGGCCAGACAGCAGCAGAUAAGAACAAGAAGGCAUUGUAGGCAACUAUUUACCAACUAAAUGUUCAAGCUUCUGUGCUCUAUUUCAUGUACAAAUCUAAUGUUUUACUUUUACAUAUGAGAUGCUAGCAAAAGUGAGAUAUAAAUGUAUCAAGGCAAAUGGAAAGCAAAAAAAUGUGCUGUUUUAUUUGCAUAAACAGAGAUGCUUCUGUUCA